AUGAGGUACAGUUACUUCUCUCUGAAAGAGUAUCUGUCGUGUACUCACGUACUCACGCACAAGAGUGGUGGUGUUCGUGGUGGUGGUGGUGGUGGUGGUGGUGGUGGCGGUGUUGGCGGUUGUGGUGUUCGUGGUGGUGUUGGUGGUAAUGGUAGUUAUGGUGGUGGUUUUGUUGAUGGUGGUGGUGGUGGUGGUGGCGGUGGUGACGGUGGUGGCGGUGGUGACGGUGUUGACGGUGUUGAUGGUGGUGGUGAUGGUGGUGGUGUUGGUGGUGGUGAUCAAAACAAACUGGUCUUCAGAAAACAGUGA